AUGGGGUUCGAGGCUCUCCGCGGCCGCAUGGAUGUGGCGCUGAGUAUGCUGUGCUCGUGCAUCGUGUUCAUGUUCCUCGUGACGUCUGCGCCGAUAUCGCAGUUCCGUGGCAGGGGCAUGAACGUUGGCGGCGCGAGCAAGUUGUCGUGCGUGACCGUGUGGGGCCUGAAGAAUGACUGCACCGCCAACAACUACGACUACCGCCCGACGAGCAUAGGGUGCGCACGCUCGAAGCAGCUGUUCCAGGUAUCGGAGGCGUUCUACAUUGUCGCUGUUAUUGUGUCAUUCCUGUCGUGCCUGAUGAGUGGCCUGUACUUCAUGGGCAUUAAGGCAAAGGUGCUGCUGGUCCUGCUUGCCGUUCUUGAGGUUGGUUUUGCGCUGAUCCCAUGGGUGUGCAUGACGGCGGUGUGGCACGGCAACUACUGCGGUGGGUCGACCGUGAAGAUCAACACGUCGAGCGGCAAGGCGGACGGCGUGCCGCUCGGCUCUGUGCUGCGUGAGUCGUUCAAGGCCAGCGCUGGCUACGGUCUGACGGUUGCGGCGUGGUGCACCCAGGUGAUUGGCCUGGUUCUGCUGAUUGCCAUGUAG